CGGUGCACUCCUCAACAACCAGACAUAGCAUAUGAAAGAAAGAGGCGCGUGUUGCUGAUCUUCUUUUUCAAAUCAAAUUUCAUCUAUCAAUCGUCUUCUUUUCGGUCGGACACUGAAAUACGAUUGAUCAAACCAUGCUGGACUGAGGGCAAAAGCUUGGAAUCAAUGGGUUGCCUUUGAAAUCGUUUUCGGCGGGGAAUCUUUUUUCAACACAGAGAAGCUGCGAGAGAGUGUGCGCGCGAGGGCUGUGUGUGAGUGACAGAGAAAGAGAAAGAGGGAGGAGGGGAGGCGGAAAGAAAUAAUCUUUCAACGAUGGAACUUACAAUGGAAAACAUUGGCAACAUGCACGGCGUCUCUCAUUCACAGGCGGGAGACCUGAUGAAUUCCUCACACGGGCGGCAGACGUCAACAUCCCACCGGAACUUAGUAUCGCACGGACGCUCAGCUAUGGUCUCCAGCAUGGCUUCUAUCCUGGAGGGCGCCGGGGAGUACCGGACGGAUCCUGCGCUCUCCGGGCACCUGCACCCGUCGAUGUCCAUGUGUGAGUCUGGCAUGAGCCUGUCCAACACGUACACAACUCUGACCCCUCUUCAGCACCUUCCGCCGAUCUCCAGCGUCUCUGACAAGUUUCAUCACCCUCACACUCAUCCGCACCACCAUGCAGCGCAUCAGCGUCUCACAGCCGGCAACGUCAGUGGGAGUUUUACCCUGAUGAGAGACGAUAGAGGCCUGGCAUCGAUGAGCAACCUUUACGGCCACUAUCCCAAAGAUAUGUCCGGGAUGGGGCCGCCUCUCUCGCCGCUGUCUAACGGCCUGGGCUCCUUGCACAACUCCCAGCAGACGCUAUCCGCAUACGGGCCCAGUGCUCACAUGACCAACGACAAGAUGAUGUCCACGGGAGGAUUUGAAUCCCACGCGGCGAUGCUCUCCCGAGGGGAGGAGCACCUCGCCCGGAGUUUAGGGGGACACGGGCACGGUAUGAUCUCGAACCUCAAUGGCAUGCACCCGCAUAGCCAUCUGCACUCGCAGGCAAACGGGUCCAUGCUGACCGAGCGAGAUAGGCACGCUGUCGGGGCUGGCCAAGGCGGAGGGUCUGGACAGGUGGAGGAAAUCAACACUAAAGAGGUGGCACAACGGAUCACAGCAGAGCUAAAACGCUACAGUAUACCUCAAGCAAUUUUCGCCCAGCGGAUCUUGUGUCGCUCACAGGGUACAUUGUCAGACCUCCUGCGGAACCCGAAGCCAUGGAGUAAACUGAAGUCCGGUCGGGAAACCUUUCGGCGCAUGUGGAAAUGGUUACAGGAACCCGAGUUUCAGCGAAUGUCAGCACUCCGACUAGCAGGUUCAAGGUGUGUGGCCUGCAAGCGGAAAGAGCAGGAGCAGCACAAGGACCGAAACAUGCUGCCCAAGAAGCAGCGUCUGGUCUUCACAGACCUGCAGCGCCGCACGCUCAUCGCCAUCUUCAAGGAGAACAAGCGGCCAUCCAAGGAGAUGCAGAUCACCAUCUCCCAGCAGCUGGGUCUGGAGCUCAGCACGGUCAGCAACUUCUUCAUGAACGCCCGUCGCCGCUGCACGGACCGCUGGCACGACGAGCACCCCCACCAGCAGCAGCCGCACGGCGCCAGCCCGGGCCAACCGGGCACCUCCGCCAACACCUUCUCCAAGGCCUGAGAGCAGGGGGGGAGCAGCAGGGCAGCCUGCCGGGCCUCGCGGGGGAGGGGGAGGGAGAAGGGGAGGGCGCCCCCUGGUGUUGAGGAUGACCACAACAACAACGCAGGAUGGGGAGGAAGAGUGAAAGGAUGACCACAACAACAACAUGGGAUGUGGAGGGAGAGUGUGUGGUGGGUAGGUGGGGGGGAUUUCUGGGGUAACCCCCCCCCCUUUUCAUCCACUCCCCAUCUUGUCAAUCAUAGAUGUAUCAGGAGAUACCCAAACCCCUCCGAAAGAUACUUCUGGAAGGCAGGGGUUGUGUAAGAGUAUGUGUUUUUUUUUGGCUGUUAUGUAUUUGAUUGUUUGCCCGAGUGUGUGAGUGUUUUUAUCUGUGUGGGGUGUUUGGGUUCAUGUUUUGUAAGCCUGACACCCCAUAGUGUCUUUGUCUCUGAUCCAGAGUGCUUUGUGAGAAGGUGGCUUGACAUUUCAGGCGAAACCUUAGAGCUCUGCCAGAUUAUUUAUUUGUUUGUUUUGUUUUGCCUUAUUUUUUACACGCCAUAAGGUAGUCAAUAACCCAUUGUUUCCCAAGAUGGCAAUAAAUUGUAGAGCACACACCCUCUCACCUCAAUCACUUCUUGUGAAGGGUGCUCAAAAUUAGUGCAGGCGAACCAAACGAGACAACGAGAUGCAGACGAGACGAGAGCAAUCUGUGAUACUAACAAUCAAAUUCCAAUGCAUCACCCGUCCUCUGCUUCCCAGCUCAGGCGGCCAUUUUAGCCACACCAUCAGAUUACCCUUAUUUCUGCAUUCGCAACACACACAAACAUAAUUCUGUGUAUAUACCAUAACUGAGAAGAUUUUCUUUACCAUACAUGCAGGAUUUUGUAGCUUGAAUUGGUCCUUUAAUAGCAUUGUUGUAUGUGGAUAUGAGCCCACAUAAAGUACUGUCUGCAGAGCUUCUUCUCAUCGACAGUGCAGUGGGGGGUUAGUGGAUGGUGGUCGUGUGACACUGGUCUGUAGUUGGAUGUAAUGAUGGAACAGUGUAACACUGCCACCUGCUGGCCAUGUUUACACAUGCACCAUGAUUUGGUUUACAAGAAGAGAGAAUUUUGUCUUUCUGUGGCAACCCAAUAUUUUGAUUGGUGUUUCAGACCAGGACUGUCAAAAUCACAAUCAAUAUUUUUUUUUUUUUACAAGAUGAAAUGUUUUGACUCAAAUCAGUAAAGUACAUUAGGACAGAAAGUGGUUGGAGAAUUAAUUGUCAGAUGUAUUCCCCACCGUGCAGAGACUCUUGGUGUACCCUCUGUGAGCUGGAAGCAUUGGAUUUAAAAAACUCUCAGUCUCAAAGCUGCCACGAAAGCUGCACCAACCCAAUGUUGCUUGGUAGCGCUGGGUAUAUGAGUUUGAUUUGAUUUAUGCAUGCGUCCUACUACACUAGUGUUUCUGUGUAUGCUUUCAGUUCAUCAUGAGAUGAAGAAAUACAAUCAACAAUUGAAGGGAGAUGAUUUCGCUUGGCGGGAGGCUAGUUCCUUCGCUGUGUUGUGGAAAGUGGCCAAAUGUCAAGGUAAAAUGUCACAGUAUGAUUGAGUGCCAAUGACAGUUGCCUUAUUGAUAUUCAGAGGAGAUGGUGCAGCUCUGAACCCCUAUUGGCCACCCAGGGAGGAGAGUUGGUACCAUAGUAACAGACAAAUCAUGCAAAAUGUACCUUCAGCUCCUUCUGUUAGGGUGAAAAGAACUUCAUUCCAAUCAUCAAACCUGAAAUUAGAAAUCAACCUUGGGGGGAAAAAAGCUCCAUAACUUAGCAAUGUUCUGUGGAAAAUAUAGCUGUACAUAUCCCUGUCUUCUCUCUCUCUCUCUCUUUCUCUCUUCCUCUCCCUUGCUUCUCUGUCUGCCCCAUCCCUUACCUCUCCACUGUUUCUCUCUCUACCCUUCCCUCCUUCCCUCUUAUCCUCCUCUUUCUCCUCUCUUCUCCUCUCCUCUCCUCUCCUCCAGUAUUAAUGCGGGUAAAUAGUACCAUAGACACAACGGUUCUAUUAAAUGUAACUAUUGUGUUCUGUUGUGCGUAAACUAUAUGUAAAGAAGCACCUUGUUAAUGAAGCUACUUUAAAAAAAAAAAAAAAAAAAAAAAAAAAGAGAGAAAGAACCUGAUCCAACUGGAAUUCAAAUGCAAAGCGGGAAUCUUGUGUACAGCGGGGACUCCUGUACCUGUUUGUAUGUAGUAAAGAAGGUGGACUCCUGCCAGGAGGGACACUGUGCCCUCUGACCUACGACACCUAACCCCCUCAGGACUAAGCUUGUCCACCCCCAGCUCACUUGUUCACAGGGGCUAGCCUGGGGGACUUCCCAGCCCACCCCCCGAACUACCCCCCACCCCUCUCACUUCCCCCUUCUCCCAUCCCCGCACGCUGGGUCAAAUCAGAAUAUGGAGAGUGGAGCGUGUGGGAGGGUGAGUGGGGAGGCGGAAGGUUGAAGAGGGGGGCAUCGGGACAUUGGGACCCUGUGGGCACAGAAGCAGCAGCAGCAUGCCCUGCAUUGGGGAACUUGGGGUGGGGCAGCCAUAGACACCUGUGCGGUGAAGCGGAUACCCAGCUGGCUGUGAAGGGGGGCCGGACAGCCACAGCAGUGGGAGAGGAGGGGGCCUUCAGGUACAGGAGAAAGGGAUGAUUUUUGUGGGUUUCUAAGCAAGUAUCCAAAAAGGUUAUUUGUUUGUUUGUUCCUCAUUUGUUGUUUGUGUAUUUGUUGAUUUUUAUUUACUGUUUGGUUGUGUUUGGAGAACUCCAAAUGUGAAGAAAAACAACAUAAAAAUGAAACAAAAAGACAACCAAAAAAAAAAGAAAGACAGAAAGACAACACCAGAAACACACCUUGUUCAGUGUGGGAACCAGUGCGGCUAGCUACCUCACAUGAAUGAACGUGGCGCGCCACUGAUGCCAAAGAUUCUUCAGCCUGCCAGUCCAAAGCUGCCCCCCGGGCACUCCAACCAACAAACAAAAUGCCCCCCCCCCCCCUACCCCCAACUCACACUCCACUGUAACUCAUACAUCUCACUUCACACAAACGCACACACACAUUUACACACAGAGCAGUCAGACUGCAUAAAGCCACUGGUACCGAAGUGGCUCACAUGCAGGUAGAGAUGAGUGCCUUUUUCCUUCAACCACGGGUGGGACUGUUCUGGAUACACACACACACACACACACACACACACACACACACACACGGGUAUACAUGGAUAUACACAUGUACAUAUGCUUGUAUACAUACACACAUUCAUGUUCUCUGCAUUUUAUUACAUGCAUUUGUAAGACAGGCUAAAUGGGAUGUCAUAUAAAUGGGCUUUGUGAAUUUUUCAUUUCUUUCUACUCAGAUGAAAAAGAGGAAGCACUUUGUUUUGUAUGAAAUUACCUGAUCUGUGUUAUUUUAUAUGGAGCUACUUGUCAUGUAUCCACCACUAACAAGAA